GCAGAGCGGGAGAGGGCACGCUGCGCUGCACACGCGCAAAGCAGAGCCCGGCGUGCUCGUUUUGGAAGUCUGCCGCGCGAGGCAAGGCAGGCAUCCGGCUCGGUGCCGAAAAAAUGCCCAAUGAAGGCCAAGUUGGCCGAGCAGAACACGAGGAGCCAGAGGGGGGAGCAGGAGGAGCAGCGCCCAGGAGGAGGAGAGGGGAGGAGAAGGAGGAGAAGUCGGCGGCGUCCAAGAAAUAACAAGAUUCCUAUCUUAGAGAAUCCUUCAGGGAUGCCUCGAGGGGCAGUGAAAAGGCGCCGGCCCCAGGCAGGCUUCCAGGGGUCUCCCCGAGGAGGCCUCUUAGGGGGCAGUGCAAGGAAUCCUCCGCAGAAACCUCGAGAAGCCAGUGGACGGCACCAGUUCUCCAAACUGGCGCUCGGUGCCCAUUGAGCACCGGCGGGGCGACACUGGCCACGGCAUUGCCACGGCCGCUGCACGGUGCAGAACAAAAUUAACCCCGCGGAGGAGGAGGAGGAGGAGGAGGGGGGAGGAAGAGGAGGGAGGGAGGAGGGAGGGGAGGGAGGGGGAGGAGGAGGAAGGAGGGAGAAAGGGUGGGCUUCAACAGCUCAGGUCCGAUUCAGGAAGUCGGGAGGAACUAAAUAAUCUUCCGCGUGGUCCCUCGCGGAUUUGAUACUCGCACUUCCCGAGCGGCCACAAAAAGGCACAGCAGCCGCCAGCCAGAGUAACAUGAGGAGGAUGCGGAGGGCAGGGACUAGGAACGAGGAGGACUGGAAGGUGGGCGGGAAGGGGAUCGAGAGAGGGAGGGCUGGGACUGGACUGGCGGACGUGCCGGGAUCCUUCAGCCCUGGUGAUG